AUGGAUCAAGCAAACCUAUGGACCCGGAGAUCAAACACAAGCAAAUUGUCUCUGUCCACGGCCAGCGACAAGGAAGGUAGCUCCAGACCAGAGCUUCCUCGCACUCAUUCAUCGAAGCGCUUCGGACCCGACAGCUCGCACGGACGAUCUAAUCCUUUCAACGCCAUAUCCCCUCUCUCCGGCGGCGUAUCUUCGCCCUCCGCUGGUGCGUCAAACGCCUUUGGCCUUGGUUCUGGCGCAUUCGCAUCUUUCGGCUCGUCCACAAAGACUCCCAAGACUCCCGGGGGAACCUUUGAUCUCAGUUCGACUACAAAAGACAAACGCGACACAAGCGACGAUACGUCAUCUACAGGAAACAUAAAAUCAAAAACCUCCUCCUCCUCGCUCGAUACCACAUCUACAUCGGCUAUCAAGGACCAUCCGUUGAAAUCAACUUGGAUUGUCUGGUACCGCCCUCCGACUCCGAAAUAUUCUGAUUACGAGAAAUCGACAGUUGCUCUUGCGUCCAUAUCGUCCGUGGAGAGCUUUUGGACAAUUUACUCGCAUCUGAAACGCCCCUCACUUCUUCCCACUGUUUCAGAUUAUCACAUCUUCAAGAAGGGUAUCCGUCCUGUCUGGGAAGAUGAAGCUAACAAACGCGGUGGAAAGUGGAUCAUCCGUUUGAAGAAGGGUGUGGCGGACCGAUACUGGGAAGACCUUCUGUUAGCCAUAGUCGGCGAUCAAUUCGCCGAGGCGGGAGAUGAAGUCUGCGGGACGGUCCUCAGUGUCCGAAGCGGCGAAGAUGUACUCAGUGUGUGGACGAGAAUUGACGGAGGGCGGAAUAUCAAAAUAAGAGAAACAAUAAAGCGUUUACUAGCUCUACCAGCAGACACCAACAUAGUCUGGAAGAGCCACGAUGACAGCAUCGCCCAGAGGUCAGCCAUCGACCAAGCUCGACAAGAGAAGGCCGCAGCAAACCCGGGCCAUCACCACCAUGGUUACCACCACGGCGCCAAUGAGCGCCGUAGGGCAGGUACCAAUGAUGAAUCCUACGGAGACAGGAGCAAAGGAAUGGCGUCUUGA